AUGCCUCCGCCUCCCAAGUCAUCCUCCUCCGAGCCCGCGGAUCUUCUUGAUUUUGGCACAAUGGACGUUAAAUUCUACAGCCGGUCUAUGAACAGGACCUGGAGUCCGGGUGAGCUUGGUCAUUACUUCAUGACAGAUCGAUUCAAUGUUAUGUUCCGCAUCGCGGAAGAUACUCACACGGAUAUCUCUAUCGUGGCGAACUCCGAUCCCCUUCAAAUUCGUUUGGCUGGCCUAACUCCUGAAGACGUUGAUGAAGCAUUGGAGAAGCUACAAGGAUCGCUCGGAUUCAUUGUAAGAUUAAAUUCACUUUUCCUUUUUGACUGGCACAUUGCUCACACUCUCUAG